AUGAAGGUCUACGCCGCUCUUCUCGUCCUUACUGCUGCUCUGGCCAGUGCUUGCAACACCUGCCACGACUGCCCUGGAGACCAAGUUUGCAACCACCUUGGCGGUUUUGGAGUUACCCCCACCUCUUUCUGCGUUGAGCCCAAUGACCCCAGCUGCAACGACCCCCGUGCCAGCUGCGAUACCGACACCUGCAAUUAA